AUGGCCGACGCUCUUGCCUCUCAAUUGAAUAACACAAACUUAGGGGAAGCAAAUUCAGAAGCGAAAUGGAGGGAUCAGCUAAAUGUUCCCGCUAAAGAUGCUAGGCCGCAGACUGAGGAUGUAACUGCUACGAAAGGUCUGGAAUUCGAGGAUUUUUACAUUAAACGCGAACUCAUGAUGGGUAUCUUUGAGGCGGGGUUCGAAAAGCCAUCUCCCAUCCAAGAGGAAACAAUACCAGUUGCCCUUACCGGUCGAGAUAUCUUGGCCCGAGCAAAGAACGGUACAGGGAAAACAGCAGCCUUUGUCAUCCCCACUUUAGAACGCAUAAACCCUAAGAGCACCAAAACCCAAGCACUGAUUCUUGUUCCCACGAGAGAGCUUGCGCUGCAAACAUCGCAGGUUUGCAAAACACUCGGGAAACAUUUGGGUAUCAACGUGAUGGUCACCACGGGAGGAACGGGGUUGAUGGAUGACAUUAUCCGGUUGAAUGAUGCAGUUCAUAUCCUUGUUGGAACACCUGGAAGAGUCUUGGACCUGGCUAGCAAGGGCGUGGCUGAUUUAUCUGAAUGUCCUACUUUCGUCAUGGAUGAAGCCGACAAAUUGCUGUCCCCUGAAUUCACUCCCGUGAUUGAGCAACUGCUGUCAUUCCAUCCCAAAGACCGCCAGGUUAUGCUGUUCAGCGCUACUUUUCCAUUGAUUGUGAAAUCAUUCAAAGAUAAACACAUGCGCAACCCCUACGAAAUCAAUCUCAUGGAUGAACUUACCUUACGAGGUAUCACUCAGUAUUACGCAUUUGUGGAGGAGAAGCAGAAGGUCCACUGUUUGAAUACUCUCUUUUCGAAGCUUCAAAUCAACCAGUCGAUCAUCUUUUGCAAUUCUACAAAUCGUGUCGAGCUUCUUGCGAAGAAGAUCACAGAACUAGGCUAUUCAUGCUUCUACUCACACGCGCGAAUGCUUCAACAACAUCGGAACAGGGUUUUCCAUGAUUUCAGAAAUGGCGUAUGCCGCAACCUUGUCUGCUCCGACUUGCUGACUAGAGGUAUCGAUAUUCAAGCUGUCAAUGUUGUCAUAAACUUUGAUUUCCCCAAGAACGCCGAAACGUAUCUUCACCGAAUUGGACGUUCCGGUCGUUUUGGGCAUUUGGGACUCGCUAUCAAUCUUAUCAACUGGGAUGACCGCUUCAAUUUGUACAAGAUUGAACAGGAGCUUGGAACGGAAAUCCAGCCUAUUCCCCAAAACAUCGACAAGAAACUUUAUGUCUAUGAUUCUCCUGACACUAUCCCACGGCCAAUUGCCAAUUCUUCACAGUCCCGCCAGACAAUGACAGCGGCUCAAAUCACCAACAAUGGAGAACAACAGCAACGCCGUCAGAACAACCAUGCCAAUGGUGGUCAUUACCAGUUCAACCGGGGACGAGGCUCCUACCGUGGAGGUCGUGGACAAGGCCAGCGGCGCAGUGUGCGACCCUAG